AGCCAAGCCAAAUGCCAACUUGUGAGCCAUUCCCCUUAUCGACAAAACGCUUUUGCGUUCCAAUCCCUCAGAAACCGAAUAAUUUCGAAACUCUGCUUCACGUAAUCAUCACUCUGCAACAGCCUUCAGGUUACAUAAACCCUCCUCCCCCCCCCGCCCCCUUCUCUACCGGUUCUCCGUCUCGCCGCGGGCAUUUCUCACUUCUCAGCCCUCAUCGCAUGUUCUCGGGCGAAACCCUAGUUUCUUCCUCCACAUGGCUCGUCUGAGGGAAGAAGUAUCUCUUUCGCAAUUGCCUUCGCUCGUCAAAGAAGAAGAACGAGAUGAAGGAAAGCGAGCAGAGAGGCGCAAGAUUUGUGCUUCGGAGUACACGGAGUACCGGGUGGAGAAGGUCUUUCCCAUGUACGCGAUGGGGCCUCCGAGACGCGAGUCCGGUUCGCUUCCGCCGCUUGCUGGUUCUGGUUCCGGCUCCACUGUGGGUGACCCCAUUUGGGAUGCCAUUAGAGAAGAGGCCAAGCUGGAGGCAGAGAAGGAGCCAAUAUUAAGUAGCUUCUUGUAUGCCAGUAUUUUAUCACAUAGUCAUUUAGAACAAGCAUUAGGGUUUGUUCUUGCCAACCGACUCCAGAAUCCAACACUCCUGGCAACACAAUUAAUGGAUAUAUUUUCUGAAGUAAUAAUGCAUGAUAGGGGUAUUCAACGUUCGGUUCGGGUAGAUUUGCAGGCAUUUAAAGACAGGGAUCCUUCUUGUUUGUCAUACUGUUCUGCUCUGUUGCAUAUGAAGGGUUAUCAUUCUUUGCAAUCAUAUCGAGUAGCACAUGCUUUGUGGAACCAAGGACGCCAGUUGCUGGCCUUAGCAUUACAAAGCCGAAUUAGUGAGGUUUUUGGAGUUGACAUACAUCCAGCUGCAAAAAUUGGCGAGGGAAUUCUACUGGAUCAUGCUACAGGAGUAGUUAUAGGUGAGACUGCUGUUGUAGGAGAUAGAGUUUCAUUAAUGCAGGGUGUAACUUUAGGAGGAACUGGGAAGGAAAUUGGUGAUCGUCAUCCGAAAGUAAGUCAAGGUGCGCUUAUAGGGGCUAGUGUGACUAUAUUAGGGAAUAUCAAAAUUGGUGAAGGUGCUAUGGUGGCAGCUGGUUCUCUUGUGUUGAAGGAUGUACCUCCACACAGCAUGGUGGCAGGAAUUCCAGCGAAGAUGAUUGGAUUUGUUGAUGAGCAGGACCCAUCUCUAACAAUGAAGCAUGACGCUACAAAAGAAUUUUUUGAAAAUGUAGCUGUUACUUCUAUGGAGGCCAAAUUCACUGAUGCGUUGGACUUGGAAAGAAAAGAUGGGCGCACUUGAACGUCUGCAUGGGCUAGUCUUUGGCUGCAGUGUGGUUUUACCUAUUCUCUUGUAUUUGCAGAAAUCGAUGUUGUUGAACAUGGCAGGUACAAAUGCAAUGAAAGAAAAUGUAAAUGCAGAUCGGUCGGUCAUUUACAUGAUUUACUA